AUGAUAACUGGUAUUACAGAUGCUUAUCCUUUUGAAACAAAAUCAAUAGAAAACAUUUCAGAUGAAGAACUUAAAAGUGCAGGGUUUGGAGUAUGGACUAGAUAUGUGCCACUUAGCAAUGUAGUAUAAAUUGGAAAUAUUGGAAUACUUGAGAGUAGUUGUUUUCAUUAGUUUAGAAUAGAGAAUAAGACAAACAAAUAAUUACAUAUUUUAGGUUACGAUUGUACAAACCCUUAAGAAUAGCAAGUCUUAAUUUAUAUUUGGGACUAGAUGAAUUCAUUACAUCAAAAAACAAUUUCAUUAGGGUUUCCAUAUGAAGAAUAAAAUUUAAUUCUAAUAAUUGGGGGCGAUUUUUUUGUAUCUCAAAGUAUUCCACCAUAUAAUUUUGAAAAUUUUUUACUAUCUUUUUUUCCAGGAUAAACUUAUUAUUUUCUUGACUGCUUUCAAAAUGAUCCUGAUGAGUUUACUAAUAUGAUAGAACCAUAUCUCAAUUAUGAUUGUUUAUGUGAACCUAGUUUAAUAACCAGCAUAGCAGAUGUAACAAUAGAAAAAUCAAAUAUAUAUGAAUUUGUAUCUGAGUAUCCAAUAGUUCUUAUUAUCUGGUUGGGUAAAGAUUAAUGA